GUUAUUUUAAAAUAAAAAUCGAAAAAAUUUAUGAACACGAUUAUCAAUAAUUGUUUACAAUUCGUUUAAAAUUAGCACAACAAAAGUGUUUUUCCCGAUAAUGGAUCUUGUUUGUAGCGUCGAUUUCUAGCAUACUAGCAACAAUUUUUUUAUAGUAUCGCUAAGAACCGUUGUUUGUGCAUCUCAUUAAAGAUAGAAGAGUAUUCUUCGGUAAUAUAACGGGCGCUACUGCUUUAUAAUAUCAAAUUCAAAGUCAUGAAAUGAGGGCAUUAGUCCCCAUAUAUUAUUUAUUAUCUUAUCUGUGAAACAGUCAGCUAAGGUCAAUAUUGGAUGUCUUGGUAACGCGAAAUUCGACCUUAUUGUAUUUCACUAUUAGUUUGGUCACUAUCAGUGCAAAGGGUUUAAAUAAAAAUGAUAUUGGUGACGUUGCAUUAACAUUAACAUUUUCAUUUUCAAAUUAAAGUGCUCAAAGUAUGUAUCUUGCUUUGAAUUAAGCUAAUUAAACUAAAUUACACAGUUUAAACUCGACAAGGACAAAGUUAUUUUGAAUAACACCCACAGCUGAUAAAAAGUGAGGUUAGAAAAAUUCAUCAGGAUGGUUCUCGUCUUCAAUGGGGUGCUGCAGGAGAAGUGCCCCCCAGACACGCACACCCUGUACAACACGCACCCAGUUUACCGCGAGACGGCCUCCCAACUGCUCAGCAUACCCAACAAAGUGAUAGGACCUGUUGGGUUGCUGUACGUGCAACAAAGAGAACUUGCAGCCACCGUGCCCCACGACAAGAGCAUCAACGUUUUGGGCUCCGACGACUCCACCUCCUGCCUUAUUGUCGUCAUAAGGCACUCAGGGUCGGGGGCUGUCGCUCUAGCCCAUCUGGACGGCUGUGGAACGGAUGAGGCUGUCUGCACGAUGGUGCAAAGGGUGCACGAGCUGGCUUUAGGUUAUCCAGAGGGUCGCAUCGAGCUGCAGCUGAUCGGGGGCUUCAGCGAUACGCGCAACUAUUCCGAGGAGUUGUUCGGAAACGUGAUGAACUCCUUUCACAAGCACCCUAUGGAAAUCGAUCUGACAUUGGCGUGCGUGGGGGAAUUGAACACCACCAUUAGGGGCUCGAUCCCGUGGCCGAUAAUCUACGGCGUCGGGGUCAACAUCAAGACCGGCGAAAUAUUUCCCGCCACUUUUCCGGACAAAGGUCCGGAUCAGUCGCUGAGGAACGCCAGAUACUUGACAGGUAGCGAUCCGCGGGUGUUGGACGUUUAUGACUGUCACUUGGGCAUGUUGCGGAUCGGGCCGUUCAAUUACGAGCCCCUCAGGGGCGUGGAUUUGUGGCUGGAACAGUCGGACGAGUUCAUUUUGCAGCAUCUUUCCACUUCGCCGGAAGUAGAGCCCCCGCAUUUCGUCAUGCAAAUACGCACGACCCUGAAGUACAUCCAGGACAACCCUUUUCCGGCCGUCACUGUUUUUCGAGACAACCGGCCCCAUUAUUUCCGUAGAGACGAGCACACAGGUAAGAAAAAAAAUUGUCCGAAUAUAUUUAUUUUUUUACUAUUAAUAUUUAUUAGGUCUAUGGGCUCCAGUGAGAUAUUGACGACUGAAGGUUUUAAUUGUUCUUAUUUGUUGAAAUAUCGAUGAAUAUAUUUUUUAUACAUAUUUAGCUGGUAACAUUUUACCAAUCAUCAUGUUAUGCAAUAAAAUUAUUUUAUAUAUUUUUAUAUUUUGUUUUAUAGAUUAAAUUAUAUUUUUAUAUUAAAUUGGUCAUAUAUCAGUUAGGUAUAUAUUUUUGUCGAAUAUUUUUAUCUUAUAUUUUACUUAAAUUUGUUUUUAAGUAGGUUGGGUAUCGCAAAACACAGGAAAAACUGUUUAGGACUGAAAGACUGAUUACCGCCAUUUUUAGCGACUAUCUUUUGUUUAAAAAUUGACGUAAACAUCACACAUUUUCGAUACUUAACCUAUAAAUCAUGAUAGGUUAUAUUUGUACUCUACUAAGUUCAAAAUAAAUAAAUAAAAAGCGCAAAACUUUUUAAUAAGUAAGGGCUAUUAUAAUUUUAAUGAACAAAUUUUCCAUUAUUAGGUAAAUGAUUUAAUUUUAAGUUUGUUGAUUGGGUUGUUGAAUUUGAAAAUAUAUAUUGCCAAUGCUUUAAGAAUAUACCGCUAUAAUAAAUA